AUGGCAAGUCAUCAAGACGAGGACUAUGAUUCAAGCUCGGCCGAAAUGAGCAUCGAGAGCAUCGAUGAAGGGGGAGCUACAUCGAAAGAAAGCAACAGUUUAGGGGGAAACAUGGAUAACGACAUCGACAAGUGUGUCAAGUAUUUGCAAGGUGAUAGGAAAAUGGAGGAUGACUCGCCGAUCGAACAAGUGCGACUAACAGUUCCUCCCAUAGAUGAUCCAACGUUGCAGUCGGUGUUGGUUCGAAUUGGUUAUUUCAGGCAGCCAUUCGUUUACAUAUCAUCAGUUUGUUUCGACAUCUUCAUGUUCAGUGGAGGUAAUAUGUUGGCCAAGGUUUUGCCAAAUAAAGUUGUUAGGAUUCCGGGCAGCUCAGGAUUUCUCAACAUUAGCAUAGCUAAGAUCUUUUACCAUAGAGAAAUUCAUAUUUUGCCCGCUUUACUCUUGGUUAUAUCAACUCAGUUUUUAGGUUUCGGAUUUGCUGGUUUGUUUCUAAAAGUUUUUGUGGAUUCAGCAUAUAUGUGGUGGCCCAAUGUAAUUGCCAAUAUCUCGUUCUACAGGUCACUUUGGCAGCAGUUUAAGAAGGCAUAUAAAGAUGACGAGCAAGAUGUGCAUUCAAGGCUAAUGAAGCAAAACUAUGAAUCUGUUCCUCGAUGGUGGUUUUACAUCAUAUUUUUCCCAAUGAUCGGAAUGGCAAUUCUAGUCUGUGAAGGUUUUGGAGGUCAAAUUCAACUUCGUUAUUGGGAGAUUUUAUUGGCAUGCGCUCUGGUGCUUGUGUUCCUUCCAAUGGAAACUGUACUCCAAGCAAUUAGUGGUCUGGGAUUCUCAUUAGAUCUGUUACUAGAAACCAUCAUUGGAUAUAUGAAUCCAGGCAAACCUAUAGCCAACUUGGCUUUCAAAUUAUACGCAUCAGAGGCUCACCUUUUGGCAUCAUCUGUUAUAUAUAACUUCAAAUUAUCACACUACGCCAAGAUUCCUCCAAAAAUCUUAUUUCAUAUCAUGAUUCUAAGCACGGUGAUUUCAUGCUUCACUGAUUUUGGCGUAGCAUGGUGGAUACUCCAUUCAAUAGAUAAUAUUUGUCAACCAGAAUUGCUUCCGAAGGGAAGUCCUUGGACAUGUCCUACUGAGAGAGUAACAUACAUCUCUGGGGUAACAUGGGGACUUGUCGGACCUAGUAAGAUGUUCUAUCCCAAUGACAUAUAUGGAGUGAACUGGUGGGGAAUAGAAUUAGGUGAUCAUUGUCCAUUGGCAAAAUGUCCCACAAUAGCUGAUAUUAUUGUUGAAGCAACUGUUUUUGGUAAAAUUUUCAUUUCACCGUAG